AGUGAAUUUAGAAAGGGAAAAAUGGUUACUCCAACCAGCGAAGGGCAAUAUUUUGGUUCGCAUGCUGCGCUGUUCUGUUAAUCGACUACUCCUAUUCCUCUUCCUCUUCCUCUUCAAAAGCCCUAAAAAAAACCCACCCAUUUUCCUCUUCAAAUUCCACCCAUUUUCCCCUCACUAUUUUCACUUCCUUCCUUUUUCCCUCAUCGCCAUUUCCCAGAAAUCUUUUCGCUUUCCCUUCGCUGUUAAAAUCACCCUCAAACGAUGAAUUGAUUCCUGCAUUCAUCGUUUCAUGAUGGAGGGCAGUGAAGCUGUCGAUGAUCAGAACUCGGGAUGGUUCCAAGUCAAAAAGAAGCACAGAUCAAAAUUCUCUUUGCAGAGCUGGGUGGGAGGGUUUUCAGGGAAAAAUGCCUCUCACACUCGGCAUUCCGUGAAUAAAAAGGAUGCCAAUUCACAUAGCAAGCAGAAAACUCAAGUUUCGAGGUCAGGGGGGAAUUUUUUACAGAACCCUGUUCCUGGGAGUGUUACGAGUUCUCUUUCCGUGUCAAAGGAUGAAAAGGGUACAGCUACACACAACCUUAAUACAGGUGUGGUUAGACAUGACACUGAAACUCAUAAGUCUGCUCCACUAGUUAGCUUGGAUUCUCGAGGAAAUAUUGAAGAAGCCGGUAAGUUACAACAAAAUGACAAGCCUGACGUAGCGCAGAAAAGAAGAUGGGGUGAUUUAGAGGAAGGGGGAUUGGCACUGCCGCAUGAGAACUUGAUUGGAGUUGGAAUUAAGUUUGGUAGUAUUGGAGAUGAUAGUUUGCUUAGCUGUAAAAAGCAUGAGAAUGUCCCUGAUCCUUGUGAUUCAUCUCAUACACAAGAAAAGGACUUGACAGCUACAACUCCUGAUGUAGAGAUACUUUCUGAUCCUUCCUUGAAAUGUGAGGAUCACGAAUUCGGAGAGAAGGGUAGAGAUGUUGUGAACGUAACCUUGGAACAUUUAGAAACUCAAGAAAUGAAUGGGAAAAAAGUUGGUCCCGAAGAUGAUACUUUAUAUUGCAAUAAGAAAACUGAAGAAGUCAGUGAAACAGCAACUGAUUGUGGCAUUAACAAUGAAUCUUUGUCUGGCAACGAUUCUGUGAUGGUUGGAAAUGAAGCCCAUGCUGUUAUCAAUGCGGCAAGUGAUAUCAAAACUUUUGAAAUACCAGAACAGAAUUGCAGCUUAAGCAAUGCAGUUACUUCCCAGGAUUCCGAGUCACACGUACUUGAUAAUUGCAGCUUAAGCAAUGCAGUCAUUGCCCAGGAUACCGAGUCACAAGUACCUGAAAGUGUUAAUGAUUCUAUAACUUCUGUUGAAGAGGUUAGAGAUCCACUGGAUGGUAUUGUGGAAGAUGUUGUUUCAAGCUCUCAUAGUGUGAGUGCUCCUGAAGAAGUGGAUUCAAAUGAAAGCAAAGAAAGGUUCAGACAGAGGCUUUGGUGCUUUCUGUUUGAGAAUCUUAAUAGGUCUGUCGAUGAACUUUAUCUUCUUUGUGAACUAGAAUGUGAUUUGGAGCAGAUGAAGGAGGCAAUUCUUGUUCUUGAGGAGUCAGCAUCUGAUUUUAAAGAUCUAAUCACUAGAGUUGAGGACUUUGAAAAGGUUAAAAAGUCUUCUCAAAUAAUUGAUGAAGUUCCUGUCAUCUUGAAGAGUGAUCAUCGCAGGCCACAUGCUCUCUCAUGGGAGGUCCGAAGGAUGACAACUUCACCACAUAGGGCAGAUAUACUGUCUUCAUCUCUUGAGGCUUUUAGAAAGAUACAACAAGAGCGUGCUAGCUUGAAAUUAAGCAAUAACACAGAACAUGCCAUGUCUAAAUGUUUGACUUCUGAAUCUGUUGGCAAUAUGAAUGGAACACACAAUGCCAAAAAUUCAAGGACAAAGUCAAGAAAGCAUAUUGGGUCUUCAGAUGCUAACCAAGGGAAUCUGAAUGUGAAAAAGCACAAUAUUGAAGGGACCAAACCCUGUGAUGCAAUCAGAGUGCAAAAAGGAUAUAUCCCACCAGAAAGCUUAUUAACUUCAGAAGUUGAUUUAGCUAAAUUACCUUCCUUAGAAAAUUCUUCUGCUUUGGCAACUGCUAAGGUUAAAACUCACCUUGGAUCUGGAGCGGAUAAGCUGCUUUCUUUAAAAGAUAAAGCACCCACAGAAGUUAUUAAUGAGAAGAACCCCAGAUCCACAGAUAACCUUAGGAGGCAAAUGCAGCUGCCUGAAAAAGAUAAGGAAAAAAGGAGUACAUCACUGGGAAAGUCCAUGAAUGCUUGGAAGGAGAAGAGGAACUGGGAGGACAUACUUUCAUCUCCAUUUCGUGUCUCUUCCCGCAUGUCAUAUUCACCAAGCCUGGGCAGGAAAAGUGCUGAGCGUGUACGUACACUGCAUGACAAACUAAUGUCUCCUGAAAAAAAGAAGAAAACAACUUCAGACUUAAAAAAGGAAGCAGAAGAAAAACAUGCUCGUGCUUUGAGAAUCAGAAGUGAGUUAGAAACUGAGAGAGUUCAAAAGCUUCAACGCACAUCACAAAAACUAAAUCGUGUCAGUGAAUGGCAUGCUGUUCGUCAUUUGAAGCUACGAGAGGGUAUGUAUGCUCGCCAUCAACGUAGUGAAUCUCGUCAUGAGGCUUUUCUGGCUCAAGUGGCAAAGAGAGCUGGUGAUGAAAGUAGCAAGGUGAAUGAGGUUCGGUUUAUUACUUCCUUAAAUGAAGAAAAUAAGAAAUUGAUUUUGCGUCAGAAACUUCACGGGUCAGAGUUGAGGAGGGCUGAAAAGCUUCAAGUGAUAAAAUCUAAGCAAAAGGAGGACUUGGCCAGGGAAGAAGCUGUUCUUGAGCGUCGAAAACUUAUUGAAGCUGAAAAGUUACAACGUCUUGCUGAGAUGCAGCGGAAAAAAGAGGAGGCUCAAAUCAGAAGGGAAGAGGAAAGAAAAGCAUCAAGUGCAGCACGGGAAGCAAGAGCUAUUGAACAGCUUCGAAGGAAGGAAGAAAGAGCCAAAGCACAACAAGAGGAAGCCGAGCUUUUGGCUCAGAAAUUAGCAGAAAGACUCAAUGAAAGUGAACAACGUCGUAAGAUUUACCUGGAACAAAUUCGGGAAAGAGCAAAUUUGAGGGACCAAUCAUCCCCUUUGCUGCGUCGAUCAUUAAAUAAAGAUGGGCAAGGUAGAUCUACUCCUAACAACAGCAGUGAUGAUUCUCAAACAAACAUUGCCUCUGGAUUAGGUUCUAGUCUCGGAAUUGGCAGCAUCACGUUGCAACACUCAAUGAAGAGAAGAAUAAAGAGAAUUCGACAAAAGCUUAUGGCUUUAAAGUAUGAGUUUCUUGAACCGCCUCUUGGUGGUGAAAGUGCUGGCAUUGGAUACAGAGUAGCAGUAGGUGCUGCCAGGGCAAAAGUUGGCCGGUGGCUUCAAGAACUUCAAAGACUUAGACAAGCAAGAAAAGAAGGGGCCACAAGUAUAGGGCUAAUCAUUUCUGAAAUGAUAAAGUAUUUGGAGGGAAAGGACCCUGAGCUACAAGCAUCUCGUCAAGCUGGACUAAUUGAUUUUAUUGCUUCUGCACUGGUUGCGUCUCACACAUCAAAACCCGAAGCGUGCCAGGUUACAUUGCACUUGUUAAAACUUCUGAAAGUAGUACUGUCUGCACCUGCAAAUAGGAGUUAUUUCCUUGCACAGAAUCUUUUGCCUCCAAUCAUCCCAAUGCUUUCAGCAGCCCUUGAGAACUAUAUAAAGAUUGCAGCAUCUUUAAGUAGUCCUGGCAACUUUAGUUUGCCUUCAAAUAAAGCAUCACUUGAGAACUUUGAAUCAGUUUCUGAAAUAUUAAAUAAUUUCUUGUGGGCUGUUACUGCAAUACUUGGCCAUAUAAGCUCAGAAGAAAGGCAACUUCAGAUGCGGGAUGGCUUGCUGGAGUUACUGAUUUCCUACCAAGUGAUUCACCGGUUAAGGGAUCUUUUUGCACUUCAUGAUAGGCCUCAGAUGGAAAUGUCAGCAUUUCCAGCCCCUAUUCUCUUAAGCAUACAACUUUUGAUGGUUUUGACUUCCAGACCUGGCAAAUCAAGUUAUAUUGACUGGGAAUAUUCCCCUGUGGCAAUGGAGCUGGAAAUUGGCGGUGAAGGGGCUAAGUUUGCAGAUUCUGUUGGUCCCUUAUCAGUGAUCAAUGGAAGCUCAGUUAUGCAUUUACCUGAUGUCCCUGAGGACAGACCGUUGGAUGAAACAAUCAAGGUGAACAGGAAUGAGGAAUCUAUUUCUAUUGGUAAGGAUUGUAAAUUGGAGCAUGAUAGUUCUGAUAAAUUGAAAAAUGAUGAGAUGGAGAAGAUAGAUGAUCUGGAUGAACCCCAGAAAAAUCAGGGUGGGGAUAUUGCUAAUUCUUUUGUUUCCCAGAAGGAUGAAAAGCAUACAAUGGUAAAUAUUACUACACAGAAAAAUGAAAAAUCAUCAAAUUUGGCUCAACCAGUGGUGUUUCUUCUUUCGGCUCUUUCGGAAACUGGACUUGUUAGUCUCCCUUCCCUUUUGACUGCUGUUCUUCUGCAGGCCAACAAUAGAUCAUCCUCUGAACCGGCCUCAUUUAUCCUUCCAUCUAAUUUUGAAGAGGUGGCAACUGGAGUACUUAAGGUGCUAAACAAUGUGGCUCUUUUGGAUCUUGUAUUUCUGCAACGAAUGCUGGCUAGGCCAGAUCUGAAAAUGGAAAUUUUUCAUUUGAUGAGCUUCAUGCUUUCUCAUUGUGCCAGCAGGUGGAAAACUCCGAACGAUCAGGUUGGUUCCCUUAUGCUUGAAUCUCUAUCUCUUCUGGGUCACUUUGCAUUGUUUCAUCCUGGAAAUCAAGCUGUCCUUCGAUGGGGAAAGAGUCCCACCAUCCUCCAUAAGGUGUGCGAUCUUCCAUUCAUUUUCUUCAGUGACCCAGAGUUGAUGCCAAUCUUGGCUGGCACAUUAGUCGCUGCAUGCUACGGGUGUGAGCAGAACAAGUUCGUAGUUCAACAAGAACUGAGUGUUGACAUGCUACUUUCCUUGCUAAGAUCAUGCAAAAGUGCUGCACCUGCAACUCAGCUUAUAACCUUAGACAAUUCCGCAACAGAUGAAUCUAGUGAACCUAAUCAAUUAGGUACUGAAUUUAGAAAGACUCAAGUGGACAUUCCUGUAAAGCACAGCCGUUCCAACGGCAAAGGCAUUCGGGCUUUCUUGGGAAAGAGUGGUGUUCUGGGAAAUAGCUUAAAAAAUGGCAGGUUGAAAAGUUUAAGGGACGGCAAGACUACUAAAAGUUCUGAAGAAGUGGUUCCUAGGCAAAAUCUAUCUACAUCGGAGACAUCACAUUCCAUGUUGCAUUGUAGAUUUCCUCAGAGCUUCAUUGAUAAAGUAGAGCAAUUCUUCUCAGCAGAAAUUGCCAAUGGGGUAGAUGGCGUCUAGUUUAAACAUUUUGAACUCAUUUUGAUUAUUUAAGGAUCUACACGCAUGCCCAACUGAUGAUAGUACAACCACAUAAGCAUUCAAAAAGCUGAUGAGGCUCUGAAGACUAACUGAGUUAUAUACCAUAUUCGUUUCUUAGUCGAUGCCAAAUAUAUUGAUCUGUUCGGGAAAUAUAAAUAUACGUAGUACAGGUUGAGCAUCUUUGUAAUACAUAUACAAUAGAAAAAUGGCUGAUCAACUACCAUAGAUGAAAUUGUAGCUAAUAUGGAUUCCAGUAUCAAUGUCAUAUGGAUUCCAGACCAACUUUCUGAAUUAUCAAUCUUUAUACAGUGAGUUUUACAAUGA